AUGCUCCGGUCACUUCUUCUCCGACGCUCCGCCGACGGUUCCUUUCGAACCCUAACUCCUUCUACAUCAACCACCCGGCCACCAUUUUCGCCUCUCCGUACACUCUGCACCGCCGGUCAAACGUUGACUCCACCCCCGCCACCGCCGCCGCCUCCUCCGUCUCCGAUUCGUUCCUCAACCUCAGAAAAGGAAUUCCGUAAGUACGCCGGAUACGCAGCACUCGCUCUCUUCUCCGGCGCUGCUACCUAUUUCUCGUUUCCGUUCCCGGAAAAUGCGAAACACAAGAAGGCCCAAAUCUUCCGCUACGCUCCGUUGCCAGAAGAUCUCCACACUGUCUCCAACUGGAGUGGAACUCAUGAGGUCCAGACUAGGAACUUUAACCAGCCGGAGAAUCUCGCUGAUCUCGAAGCUAUCAUCAAGGAAUCUCAUGAGAAAAAGUCCAGGAUUCGACCCGUUGGAUCGGGUCUCUCGCCCAAUGGAAUCGGAUUAUCUCGCUCCGGGAUGGUGAAUUUGGCGCUUAUGGACAAAGUUCUCGAUGUGGAUAAAGAGAAGAAGAGAGUUCGGGUGCAGGCUGGGAUUAGAGUCCAGCAGCUAACUGACGCCAUUAAAGACCAUGGUCUCACUCUCCAGAACUUUGCCUCCAUUAGAGAGCAGCAGAUUGGUGGCAUUAUUCAGGUUGGGGCACAUGGGACAGGUGCUAGAUUGCCUCCUAUUGAUGAGCAGGUGAUCAGUAUGAAGCUGGUCACUCCUGCAAAGGGAACAAUUGAGCUUUCAAAGGAGAAAGAUCCAGAGCUCUUUCAUCUAGCUCGUUGUGGCCUUGGUGGACUUGGAGUUGUUGCUGAGGUCACCCUCCAAUGUGUUGAUAGACAGGAACUUGUGGAGCACACAUACGUCUCAAACAUGCAAGAGAUCAAGAAAAAUCACAAAAAAUUGCUCUCUACAAACAAGCAUGUGAAGUACCUGUAUAUUCCAUAUACUGACACAGUCGUGGUUGUAACGUGCAACCCUGUGUCAAAAUGGAGUGGGGCACCUAAGUUCAAACCAAAGUACACUACAGAUGAGGCUUUACAGCAUGUCCGUGACCUCUAUAGAGAGAGCGUUGUUAAGUAUAGGGUCCAGGACUCUAGCAAGAAGUCUCCUGUCAGCAAUGAGCCAGACAUUAACGAGCUUUCAUACACAGAGUUGAGAGAUAAGCUACUUGCCCUCGAUCCUCUCAAUGACGUUCAUGUGGGAAAAGUAAACCAAGCUGAGGCGGAAUUUUGGAGAAAAUCAGAAGGAUAUAGAGUUGGGUGGAGUGAUGAAAUUCUGGGCUUUGACUGUGGUGGUCAACAGUGGGUGUCAGAAACUUGUUUUCCUGCAGGAACCCUCGCGAAUCCUAGCAUGAAAGACCUUGAAUACAUAGAAAAGCUGAAAGAACUAAUAGAAAAGGAAAGAAUACCAGCACCUGGUCCGAUAGAGCAGCGCUGGACAGCUCGAAGUAAGAGCCCCAUUAGUCCUGCAUUCAGCACUGCAGAGGAUGACAUAUUCUCAUGGGUUGGUAUAAUCAUGUACCUCCCAACAGCAGACCCUCGGCAGAGGAAGGACAUCACAGAUGAAUUCAUGCACUAUAGACAUCUGACACAGAAACAGUUGUGGGAUCAAUACUCAGCGUAUGAACAUUGGGCUAAAAUCGAGAUACCAAAGGACAAAGAGGAACUUGAAGCCUUACAAGCAAGACUCAGAAAACGUUUCCCGGUGGAUGCAUACAACAAAGCAAGAAGGGAACUAGACCCAAACAGAAUCCUCUCCAACAACAUGGUCGAAAAGCUCUUCCCAGUCUCCAACCCUACUGCUUAA